AUAAUUUGAUAUGAUAUAAAUAUCGUACUAAUCAUUUUUAUUAAUUGUAACUACUAUUUCAAUUUGAAUCGAAUUAUUCGAUUAAUAGUAAGAAGUAAGUUCAAAUUUUUUUUAAAAUGAACAUAACAAAUAAAAGGAAACAAAUUGAAGAAUGGUUGAACGAUAGCAGUGUUUCAGAAUAUGAUGAUUCAGAUAAUGACCCGGAUUUUGAUAUUGACAAUAAAACUUCAGAGGAUGAUAUGGAUGUUGAUCCGGUCAAUUCAGGUGAUAUAUUAGAUCAAAAUGCAAAUACCUUUCUUGCAAACAAUAUUUUUGAUGGAUGUAAUGAUGACAGUUCUUCUACUUAUAUGCAACCUUCAGUGGUUUUAUUAUCACCUAGCCAAUCAAGUACAUUAGACUCUUCAAUUUAUGAGCAAGAUGAAGAACAAUACCUAGUUGAGUCAGUUGUAACAGCAUUAGAAUGGAGAAAUGUCACUGGAAACUUAAAAAAUUUAGUAUUUACUGCUCCUUCUGGUGUUUCUAAUUAUUGUAUUGAGCAACUUGAUGAUUAUCAACCAAUAAAUUUUUACAACCUAUUUAUUGAUGAUGAAAUCAUGCAUUAUUUAGUUAAUGAAACAAAUAAGUAUGCAUCACAGUGUAUAGUUUCUGGAAUAGUCAAUGAAUCUAUUUCAGAUUACAGUAGGUUGAAUGAGUAG